AUGUCCGGCUUCCAUGAAUCCGACAACGGCGGCGGCAGUCACUCAGCAACAGACAUAAUAACCUACAUCGGCGUCCCCCUCGCCGUCCUGGGCGUCCUCCCCAUCCUCUACAACACAGCCGUCACCCUCGCCGCCCUCUCCCGCAUCAAGCGCAUGCUCCGGCACUCCCGCCUCCCGGCCCUCACCCGCUCCGACGUCGUGAAUAGGAUCAUCGAAGUAGAGCUCCCCCGCUACGCCGUCCGCCCGAUGGACCGCUUCACCGACCGCCAGGAGUACUGGAGCGUGUCCUCGCACCGCUCCUCCAUCCCGGGGGGUUCGUGGACGACGUUCAACUGGAGGACUAACGUCAUUGGGUUGAACACUCAACGGGUGGAAUAUGCCGACCAGCUGAGGCAGCCGCAGGUGGAGGUGGAGUUUGACCAGCUGGUUUGUUACUUGUUGGAUCUGGGGGCUGUGCCGGAUGGGUAUGGGUGGAGGAUGUUGAGGGGGAGUGGGUUGUGGACGCCGGUGGGGUGUACUUUGAUGACGGGGCCGGGCGGGAAGAAGGCGUUGAGUGUUGGGCCUUUGGAUGGGAGUGAUGGGCAUUUGAGUUUGGUGGUGAAUUGGGAGGGGGGGUGGACGAGGAGGAGUUGGGGGGAUUUGCCUCCUUAUUGGGUGCGGUUGCCGCCUCCGCCGCCGCCGCGGGUUGUGGAGGGGGAGGAAGAAGGGGGGGAGAGCAUGGAGGAGGUUGUUACUGGAGGGGAGCAUGCUUCUUGUGAGAGUCUUCACAAGACGGAGACGGAGACGUCGAGGCCGAGGACGCAACAGAAAAAGUCGGGGGAGUCGAGUAUACCGAUUACGUGCCAGAUUUCUACGGAGGGGAUUGUUACUGCGCUGAGGCAGGAGGCGCAGUUGACUAGCACGAUUAACUUGGACUCGUUGCCUGUUGAUCAUAUUAGGGUGCGGUCAUCUUCUUCAUCGGGGGCAUGGUUUGCCUCUGCGGCGACAGCUUAUGGGACUACCUCGCAGACGAUCCUCUGGUCGUACAAAAUCCCGGAUGAUAUUCUUACUUUCUCGAGGAAGGAAACUGUACCAUGUGGUGUUUUGGUCUUGCUCAAUGUGGUCGAGCAAUCUGCCACACCAGAAUGGGCGACGACAUACAACGAUGGCGCUGCUGACUUGGACAAGUUUACCGCGAGGAUGAGGGACCAACGGGCUGCCAUGGCAGCCGAGGCAAAAUUACCACCUGCCCAGAGAGCGCAAGCAGCAAUGGAGAGAGUAAGAAGGGAGAACGAAAUGCGGAUGCAAGACAUGAAAGAUCAGCAACGUCUCCGAACCGCUCGUCAAGAGGCCCGACUCCUCGAGGCGCUCCAAUCCCCCAAAUGGGACACCAAGCUCGUCGCUGAGCACAACCUGACCUGGCUCAAGAACCAAUCCAGCAGCAACCCGAAAGAAAAAGUAGCGCCCAACAUGGAAAUGAAAGAAGUGGUUGGGACGUUGCUGUACCGAAUGGUGCUGGACAGCCAGUUUACGGCGAAGCUGUGCACGAUGCUGGAACUGUGGAAGAACUGGGCCGAGAAUGGGGGGAUGAGAAAGAGUGAUUUGGAGAGGUUAAGGGAGGAGCAGGUGGUGUGGGCGUAUGCUACAUUGCUGGUGGCCAUGAUUAAGGAUUGUACUGGGUUGGCCGAGGGGACGCUGGCGUUGGACUUGCAGGAGUGUCUGAGGGUUUGGAGGAAUGUUAGGUUGGGUUAG